CCCGGAUGCUGUCACAGUUACAGUGUAAUGGCGGUGUGGUUUUAGUUCGCGAACGCCAUUUCUGUAAUUUAUCUGGAUUUUGUUAUUUUACGUUUAUGUGACUAGAAGUAUUUGUAAUGAACCAUGGUUUGCAAAGAGGAGGUAUUUUUGUGGUUUCAGAAUCUCAAGGGAUCGAAACGUAUCGAGGCAAUGUGUGGAUUUCUCAACAUGUGUUACCCUCUGGAGUUAAGAUUUUAUGGGACGUGUUUAGAAGAUAUAGGGAGGCGAGAUUUCUACGCUAUUAGAGAUGAAGAAAUAAAAGCAAAUAACUUAGCAGAAAUUUCGAAUAUCCGGAACAUUAGUGACCCUACUUCGAGAAGCAAGCUAAUUAUUACUUUAAGCCUACUUAAUUCUUCUAAUAUGAUUUGUGCAAAAGAGUUGUUCAAGAUUUUAUCAGAAGAAAUAAAAAUUGAAAACUUAGCAUCUUCAGGAAUUUUUGCAGAUCCUAAAGUUGUAGAACAAUAUUUACUCAUUUUAACGCUUGCUCAACAUCAUCCAGCGUUUACGUUUAUACAGCAAACUUACCUUAGUGAUUUGAGUAUUUCUUUGGAAAGUUAUGCUAGGGAAAUUAAUCCAAGGACUAAAUAUGAGUAUGAAGAGUCAUGUAUGACUGGUCUUAUUUUUCCUCCUGUUGGAGUAACAUCUGUAGGUGUAUGUGAAAGAGAGACAUGUAAUAAUUCACCGCAUUCAUAUCGUUAUUCUCAACAAAAUCAUGCUCGCAUAACAAAUCUGAAGGUCAAAGCUACUCAUAAGAAGAUGUGUGUAAGAAUAAGGGUUGCUUGGGGAACCAAUAAGGUUACUGAUGCCUUUAAAACUCCAUAUGAUUUAUUCGUCUUCCAUCAAAAGCUGGUGCAGCUAUUUCCCAAUGAAGCAAAAGUUACUAAUCAAGAGAAGUAUAUUCCACCUCUGCCUCAUGCAAUAGCUAUUUGGAAUAAACAAAGUCCGUUGUCAGAAAGUAUAAUAUCCUCUGUAACAGAAUACAUUCAGCAGUUGAAUUCUAGACUUCCUGGAUACAUACUUGAAAGUGAAUAUGUCACAAACUUCUUUAUGCCUUCCCUUCCCAAUAGAGUGGGACUUUCAAGAAGUGCUAGAGGCUCAGAUGGUGGUCAAGGUGAAAUAUCGCCAAGAAACCCACGUCUGCGUUCUCUUACUAUAUAUAACUCACAAAUAUCAGACAGCUCUCCUGGACAUCGAACUGAAAGUAGACCAAAAAGUUUGCAUGGGUUUGCACCUAGAAAACAUCCUGAAAAUGGGGGCAGUAUUUGCAGUAGAGCAUCUCCAUCUAAUUCUCCAUUACAGUCACCAUUAUCAUCACCUUAUGCUUCCCCUGCAAACUCCGAAACAAAUUCUAGAGCAGCUUCGCCUUGGAAUCACUCCACUGCACUGAAUUUAGAACGUGGAGCUUGUAGUAUUUCUGCCGAUUCAUCUGCUGGGGGAAAAGUUUUAGUGAAAGAGCAGACGCAUGAUCAUUGGGAUACAUUAAGGAAUUACAGAAUUGAAGAGUUACAAGCUAUGCCUAUUGAAGAACUGGAAUCUUUAGGAAUUUUAAAAGAUGCUGGUUCUAAAUUAAGGAAAGCUAUGGAUAUGAAAAGCCCUUCAAAUGGUAUAAUUGGUUGUUACCUUCCCAAAAGUGCUUUGAAAAACAGUCUUCUCAACCAACCUGCAAGUAAUGAUAGUUCCCCAGUGUGUUCAGAAUAUUCAAGUCCACCUCAAAGCCCAUCUCCAGCUGAAGCAUGUAAUCAAAGUAGUUCUCUCAGUUCCAGUAAUGAAGAAAAUCUUGAUAAAAAACCUCCUAAGGCUUUGAAUGAUGUAUGUAAAGUUGAAGAAAGUGAAACAAAUAUUCAUGAUUCAUCUUUUAAACGCACUGAUGAAGAUUCUCUUUCCUUAAAGGGAAAUUUGAAUCGCUCCUCUAUGUCUGUCCUUCCGUUUGGUGUACCAUACAGUUCUAUAGUUACUCAGUUGCCUCCACCUCAAAAUAUGAAGCCUGCAUAUUUACCAAUACCAUGUCGAACAAACAGCUCACAGCAACACAUAAGUCCUGGUGCAGUUGUUUUUGAUAAUCAGUAUUCAAGGAUUCCCUUACCAAGUGCACUUACAUUUCUGCCCGGACCUCCAAGGUCCCAUGCAGUAACUCCAGACAGAGUUUUAUCAUCAACCAAUUUACCUAUAUCGACAGUUUCACCAUUUCCUGUUGUAACAUCUGGUUGUGCCACUGUACCCAGUGCUACUUGCUGUAUCACCACACAUAAAAGUAGUAAUGUGACUGUAGUUACCAACUCAGGAGCCUCUAAUAAUAGACAAAACCAAAAAAAUCCUUCAGUUAGAGAUGGUGAUAUCAUAGCAAAACCUAUGCAGCAGCCAGGAGAGACUCCUUAUGCAACUGGUUAUAUUCUGUCAUCUACAACUCAGUUAACAGCGGUUUCAUGUUCAUGUUUUACUACUAACUCUGCGAGGCCGUCCCCUGCUCCUUCACCAUCAAUGUCCCCUGGAGCUAACCCUCAGCCCUCAGCUGUGCCAGUAUCACUGCCUUACUUGGGAAUGCCAUAUGUAUUUCAUCAUUCCAUACCAUUCCUUCAGGCACAGGCUCCAGCAAAUGGUUAUGUACCACAGCCUGGAUUAGCAAGUCCUGGUCAGGGUUUCAGCUAUGCCUUGCCAAAUGGGAUAACUGCAAUAUCUCCAGAGCUUAUGUAUCCUGGACAAACUUUUACAUUACAAUCUCCAUCAUCUCAGAAUAAUCCUGGGCAAGUUGCUUCUCCAGCAUCUCAGUGCUAUGGUGCAUUUCCUCAGACUGCUGCUGUACCUAUAAAACUUCUGUAUUGUUAUAAUUGUGGGAGUAAAGGUCAUCAAGGUCAAGAGUGCAAAGAACAGACGAUAGAUGAUUUAAGUAAAACAGGUAAGUUCCAAUUAAACUACAGUCCCGUACCAAAGAUUCCUGACAGUCAUGAAUAAAUUUCUGUUAUAAACUGUGGUAUGUUAUUGGAAAGAAAGUUUUUAACUGCAUCUAUGCUAAUUGUGCUGUGGGUAAGCUUUAAAUAGCAUAAAUGCAGUUAAUGCAGCUUACAAUUGGAGUACUCAUAAAGAGUUUUGAAAUUGUUAUUUAGUAUAGAAGUUAUGCAGUGAUAUAUGGCAAAAGUUUUAUUAGUUGAGUUUCAAAGUGCCAUCAUCACAGAAAAGUGAUAAUUGUGCAACUGUAAAUAAGAUAUUUGCACUGUUUUUAUUUUUUGUUGAAAAUACUUGUCCAUAUUUUUCAUUCAAAGCUACAGUAACAUUUCAGAUUUGAAAUUAACAUUAAAUCAUUUCUGUAACUGUAUCUUUCUUGAAUGCAUAGUGCAUUGUAUCCAUUUCAUAAGAAAUAAUUAUCAAUUCUAGUCCGUUCUGUAAAAGAAAUAUUAUUAUAAAUAUAUUUGAAACAAAUGAAUUAUGAAGUUUUAUUGUAAGAUUAAUUUAAAUACAUAUAAUUAAGACAUUAUUCAUUCAUAAUAAAUGUGAAAUUUUAGU